GACUUCGGCGGUCGGUUGGCCAGCAUGCUUUGGGACGUACAGGUUCAACACUCGUUUGCAGUGGAGUACAUCCACCUCUUUUUUGGAGUAGGCCACGUUCCGCUGGAGAGGCGGACACGCCGCGUCGUGACGCCCGAGAUGUAUUCGCUGCUCCGCUGCUCCCGCUCGAUGCGGCGCAGCCUCAUUGCAGCUGUGGAGGCGCGUCGGUUAACCCUGGAGCCCGACGCCAGCGACGAUGAGACAAGUUUGGUG